CUCCGGGUUGGGUCACGGGUGUUGGGCCUCCGCCCGAUCCCCGGUGCAAGACUGGGCCUCGGCUGGGCCUGGGAUGCAGGGUCGAGCCGGGUGCCGGGCACCUGUGGGUGCUGGAGGUGAACUACCCCCACUGGAGCAGUGGAGCGGCAGAGCGUGAGGACAGGGGCGGAAAAGUAUCCCUGCCUUGGGGUCAGGGGCAAUGAGACAGCGCCGCCUUGGGGACAGGGAUCCAGGGACACCCCUGUCUUCAGAGGGAGGGGCAGUGGGCUGUCCCUGUCAGGGGUGACAAGGAUGACAAGGCCUCAUUCCCCAGACAACAUGCUCACCUUGCAGGCGUUGUUGCCCAAGCCUGGCACCAUGGACAAGCCCAUCACUCCAGGGGAGCUGCUGUGUCUGGGCUCCAGCCUCGCCUUCUCUGGCCUAUUCUACUACCUGUACAGGAGGAAAGCCAGAGUCGUGGCACGCAUACAGGAGGCCCCAAAGCUCCAGGUCGAUGACGAUUUGCCAGCCCUGGUGUCUGCUGCUGACGGGAGGUGCCUGCCUUAUGUUGCCCUGGAAGGCAUAGUGCUGCCAGCCCAGGCUGCACUGACCAGCCACUACCAUGAGGGGCUGCAGGGCGUGAUCCAGAAAUUGCUGCUGAAGGAGCAUCGGCUGAUCUGGAACAGCUUGGCCCGAAGCUGGAGUGAGAGUGAGCGGGUGCUCUCAGAGCAGAUCUACACUGUCCCCUUCCUGCUGGCCUCACCAGGCCCUGAGGCAGUGACACAGGUGAGUGUGGACAGCCCACUCCAAGCCGUCUGCCUGCCCCUGGAGAUGGUGUACGAGCGGUUCCAGCAGCCAACCCACGGCUUCCGCGACCUGCUGGGCCAGUACCUGAUGGGGGAGAAGCCCAAGGGCAUCCUGGAGACGGAGGAGAUGCUGCGGGUGGGGGCUGGGCUGACGGGCAUCGGGGAGCUGUCCCUGCACCCCGACGGCUCCCUGCACCUCCAGCCGCCGACCCAGGGAGGCGAGUUUUUCCUGUGCCUGGGGGACUGGCAGACGGUGCUGUCGGAGCUGGAGUCGGCCAGCGGGCUCUGGAAGGGGGCAGCGUUGCUGUGCGCGGCAGCGGGACUGGCCGUCCUCCUGCAUGCCCUGUGCCGUGCCUACCGCUGCUCCCGCCCCAAGCAGCAGCAGGAGGACAAGGAGCUGGAUGGGGAGGAGGCUGGGGACCGGGCACCCGAGGAUUCCUGCGUGGUCUGCCUGUCACGGCCCCGCGAGUGCGUCCUCCUGGGCUGCGGCCACAUCUGCUGCUGCUUCCGCUGCUUCCAAGCCUUGCCCACCCGUCUCUGCCCCAUCUGCCGGGGGCCCAUUGAUCGUGUGGUGCCCCUCUACCAGGCCUGAGAGCAUCUGAGGGUGCCCAGGAAGGGGUAGCCUGAACUGGGCCAAGCCUGGAGCCUGCAGAGAUCUCAGCUGUCUUCUCAUGUGCAGCUGUGCAAUUCCUUUUGGGAGGGAGGGGUUUUGAUGUGCCCUUCAAUCUGUUUUGGCAAGGGGGGGAGUUACAUCUUCCUCAUCCUCCCUUUGUCUACCAGAGGGACCCCCCUAAACAUGAAGACUUGGGGAAAAUCUACACAGUGCUUCCUGAGCUGAGGAGCUGAGACCCCAACCCCACACUGGGGCAUUACUUUGGCUGCCAGCUAUUGGACUUGUGUCUCUUUCUGAGCCAUGACCUCCCAAAAGC